AUGUCCGAUCCCGAGACCAUUGUCAUUAUAGGGGCCGGCGUGAUAGGUCUUUCGACCGCAUUAUGUAUCCAACAAUCACUGAGUCCCGUACAGUCUGUGCUCUUAGUGGCCAGGGACUUCCCAUCAGAUACAUCCGUUAACUAUGCCUCCCCAUGGGCCGGAGCGCAUUAUCGGCCCGUCCCGGGGUCCUCGCCACAGGCGCUCCGUGAAGCAGGUCAGGCACAGCGAACUUACGAGUUCAUGAAGCGAGUCGCCGCUGAUGAACCAGGUGCGGGCGUCAAAUUCAUUGAAGGCGUUGAGCACCUCGAAGCUCCGCCGAAUGAGUACUUGGAUGCGCAAAGCGUGCUGAAUGUUUAUGAGCACCUCGAUGGGUUCCGUCAUCUGACGAGUGACGAGAUGCCCAAAAGCGUGAAAUGGGGUGUUCAGUAUACAUCUUAUGUUAUCAAUUCUCCGGUUUAUUGUGCACAUAUGCUACGCAAGUUUGUCCUGAAAGGUGGGGACACGAGGCAAUAUAAUCUUGCGAAUAUAAAGGAAGCAUUCUCUUUGGCUUCGAAUGUGAGUGCUGUGGUAAAUUGUUCUGGGGUUGGCUUCGAGGAUCCGAAAUCAUUCAUUAUCAGAGGUCAAACCUGUCUUGUUCGCAAUCCUGUGUCAGCGACUAUCACCCGCCAAAAUGAAGAUGGGUCCUGGUCAUUUUGCAUCCCACGUCCAUUGGACGGUGGGACAAUCAUUGGUGGGACGAAGGAGCCUCAUAACUGGGACCCCAAUCCGUCCAUGGAGACCCGAGCAAGACUUCUUGACAACGCAAAAAAGUGGUUCCCUUUCCAACCGGAAAGUGGUGGCCAGUUUGACGUGGUUCGUGAUAUAGUCGGACGGCGACCUGCUCGAGAAGGCGGGAUGCGAAUUGAAGUCGAGGAGCUCGGGGAAGGCAAACGAAUCGUUCAUGCAUAUGGUGCUGGUGGACGUGGCUUUGAGCUCUCGCGAGGUGUCGCCGAGGAUACUGUAGCAUUGAUGCUGGAGAAGGGGAUUUUGCGAGAGAAGGCAACUUUGUAG